CCCGCCACCAGUUUGUCAUUUCGUUUCAGUUUUCAAUCGACUAGAUCUCCUCGCGCCGUCAAGACGCUCGGACGCCCUUUUUUUACGUUUUUUAAAUUCAUUUUUAUUUUUGACCACUGUGACAACAACAAAAAAGUGAGGUUAAGUUCAUGGUUAUCUCGAAGAAGUGAUUGUAAAAAAAAAUUUUUACGAUUAAAAAAAAGAUGCCGAUGACCGCGGACGUGGAUGUAGACUGCUGCGUGACCAGCGAAUGGCUUCUGCUGCAGCUACGGGAAAUCGACCAAAAAUUUCUCGUCAUACUCGAUUGUCGCAGUUCCAACGAGUAUGGAGAAUCGCAUAUCAGGGACGCCGUUAACUUUUCGAUACCUUCGAUUAUGUUGAGACGAUUAGCUACUGGCAAAAUUGAUCUGGUAUCAACUAUUAAAAGUCGCGAAUUGAAAAACAAAAUAUGCAGCACGUACAAAGAAAAUCUUUUUGUUUUAUACAAUGACGAUUAUCAACAAUAUACAGAUUCAGUCGUUAGUGUUUUGUUACGGAGGUUAACUCAAGAUGGAUGCCGUGUUGUUUAUUUAAAAGAUGGAUUUUCGCGUUUUAAAGCGGCUUUUCCAGAAUGGUGCGAUAGUUGCAGCGAAAUGCUUCAAAAUCCGAGCGGUUUACCAACGGAGGAAGCCCCAGAUAUACCGCUUUUGGGACUACAAUCGUUAAGGAUUUCAUCGCAACCCCAACAUAGACCUCAUAGGAGUUGUGAUAGUCUUUCUUCAAUGGCAAAUAGUUCAACUGAAAGUUCAGAUACAGACGAUAGAUGCGAUAGUUCUUUAGGUUUGGAAGAUGAUCGGGAUUUCCCGGUUGAAAUUUUACCAUACCUUUUCUUAGGUAACGCCGCUAAUAGUGAAGAUAGUCAAGCAUUAGCAAGGCACAGUAUACAGUACGUUUUAAAUGUAACACCGAAUUUACGAAAUGUUUUUGAAGACGAUGGUAAUAUUAGUUACCUACAAAUCCCAAUAGAAGACCAUUGGUCGCAGAAUCUCGAGAGUCAUUUUCCCAAAGCGAUAGAAUUUAUUGACGAAGCUCGUUCAAAAAAGAAAGGAGUAUUAGUUCACUGUUUAGCAGGAAUUUCACGAUCAGUAACAAUAACAGUUGCUUACUUAAUGUACAAGUGCCAGUUAAAUUUAAACGACGCUUUCAAUUUAGUUCGUUCCCGAAAAUCAAACAUCGCCCCAAACUUCCACUUUUUACGACAGUUGCACAAUUACGAGCAACAAUUAAAAUUGCACGAGUCUUCCGAAAGUCCGGUAGCGUUAAUUGAACAAUUACGACAACACGAUCAUCAUCAUCGGGGUCGAUAUUAUCGUCCGCAAAUCGGCGGGGGUGGCGUCGGAGGUGUUGGUGGCGGCGAUCCGAGGAGAUCUUGUCCACAGUGUGGUCACACAGACGAUUGUAAGUGUCGUUCGACGACGGGGGUUUCCGGAGAUUUCUUAAGUCCGAUGGCCCAUUUAGGAGUUAGCCCCGAUUCGGGGAUUGAAUUCGAUCGAUGGUCGUCGUCAAAUACACCGGGUGAAUGAGACAUUCAGGGGGGGUCACAGUGGCACUUCUAAAAUAUUUUUUAAAGAAGAUAUUUGAGGGCGUGUUAUUGUAAUCCCUCCGUGGGUAAGACGGUGGAAUUUUUUAUGACUUUUUCUAUCUUUUUAUUAUUAUUAUUAUUUUUUUUGGUUAUAUUUUUUCCAAGAUUGUUUAUAUGAAAAGAUGUAGAAAAAAUUAAUUAAAUAUCAUAAAUAAUUAUUAAUAGAAUAACUAGAUUUUUUUGACCAGUGAUUUUUUUGUUUAUAUGUGGGUAUUAUUUUAAUAUUGUGCAGACUGUAACAUGGCAUUUAAGUUAAUAUUUAAAAGAAGUAAAGUAAAUGUGUUAAUAGUUGACGUUAUAUUGACAAAAGUUGUAUAUUUUUAUAUGUUUAUUCGUAAAAUUUCAUAAUUUAUUGUAUUUUAUAAUUAAAAUAUUUUUCAAGGUAAUGUUUGAAUAUCUGGAGGGCUGUAAUUUAGAAAUCAUAUUGCUGAUGAUUAUGUUAUCUUGGUUAAAACAAAUUUGUAUGUUAAUUUCUCAUUUCAAGUCGAUUAUUAUUUGAUUUAUCACCAUGAACCUUAAAUAUUAAAAAGUUUGAGGUUGCACCAUGAUUAACUCCAUUCCUAUCAUAAAUUGAAAUAUUCUAUUCUGUUACUUUGCUAAUUCUGCUUUAUGAACUAGUUUUAUUUUAAUAGCUAUGUGCUAAAUUAAUGUUACAAUAUGUUUACUUGGUUAGAUUUUAUCCUAAUUAUUAUCAAUUUUAGUAUAAUUUGUUGUUUUUAAUUCGAUUAUUAUCUCAUUUGUCACAAGUAUUAGUUUUUUUUUCAAUUUUAAAGUGUUUCUAUCCUGUUUGGGUUCUAGAUAAUUCAAUUUAGUUAUAGUUAAAGGCUAUUUUUAGUUACUUUUGGUAAUUACAAGCUGAUUAUUAUUGAUUUUAAUUUAAUUUUAUACUCAAUGUCAAAUUGAUAUCAUCACAUAUUGUUAUUUGAUGCCUUUGUUGGAACUUGAAAUAAUAACCACUCAUAUAUGAACACCUCCAAACUGAUUCUUUCAGAAUAAUGUAUGCACUUUAUAAUAAACAGCGCCACUCUUUCAAAUAUGUUAUCAAAAAAUACAAAAAAUGUUUAGUUGCUGCCACAAAUAUGUUUUUCAUAUUAUGUUACAAUGUAUUUUAUAAAGUGAUAACACAAAAUAAUCUUUACAUUAAUAUGGUUUGAUCUUUACUUUAUUUUUAUCAAUAAAAACACCUCCAGAUAUUUAAAAUAUUUAUUGUCAACAUUUAAUGUCAAUUAUUAAAGUUUACUUUAAAAACUUUUAGAUGAAAAAAUUCACCUACACAUUCGAUUAAUUAUUAAAAAAAUUCAGUAUUAUAACUACUUAUAAAAAGUCGUUAUUUAAAUUUUUUGUUGAUUUUGUUAUAAAAAGACUGUUUUGAGGCAGCGCUACAUAAAAAAAAUCUUUAAAAAAGCUUCGCUCUCGAUUCACCUUUAAUUUAUGUUGCUUUGGCACUAUUUAUAAAAUCAUUUUUAGCACAAAUCUUUGAUUUUAAGUUUUUUUAAUAAAUAAAAUAACUGUCAAAUAUAAAUUUUAACAGUUGAUGUUUGAAAUAACUACAUUUUUACAACUUUUAAUAAAUAAAUUACAACUCGCAUACCAAAAUAAAAACUUAUUCUGUAUGUAAUUAAUAAAUUGUAACUAAUAAUGAUUUUUCCUUUAAGUAAUUGUUAAAUUUAAACAAAUAUAUAGAUUUAUAAUUAAGUGCCAUAAAUUUAGUUGCUAAUGAAUUCUAACUUUUAAAAAAUAAAUCAUCUUGCCAUAAUUUCAUUAAAAAAGACUUUUAAGUUUAAAUUUUGAAUUCUUUACUGGACAAAAAGAUGGUAAAACGAUGAUUAAUUAAAAUUAAAAUCGUGGUUUAAUUAAAAACAGAAAAAAAAUUGCCAUUAUUAAAAUUUAAAGUGGAAAUUGAGUACAGAAAUAACUGUUAUUAUUACGUAAA